AGCUCAACUGCUCAUGUUUCGGAAAAUUUAGAAAUAAAAAUUGUAUUUUUAUCAUUAUUAUUAUUAUUAUUAUUUUUUCCAAAAUAUAAAAGAUUUUAGCUUCUCUUUCAUCACUGUGUCUGUCAUCAAAGCUUGAAGAACACCACACCACUGACACUAUCGCCACCACCAUCACCACCAACUCACCACUCUGCAACCGUAGAGAGAGAAUUUCAGGUUGUGGAGGGAGAAAGUCUAGAGAGAGAGAGAGAGAGGUUCUUUGGUGUUGGUUUUGGUUUUGGCUUUGGUUUUGGAUAUGUUCUGUUCAUGGUUUCUGGUUUAGUAUUGUGUAAUCUGGUUAGGUGGGCUGAUUCAGAUUUUGUAUUAGAGAAAAGGGUGGUUGUUAGAUUUUUUUUGUGUUACAGUUUCUGUGAUUUUCCCGGAAAAUUUUUCUUGUAAAAGUCGAGUCUUUUUCAGUCCUCUGUUUUCUUUUUCACGAGUCUAGAGCUAUUUUCAGCCAACUAAAAAGAGAAGAAUACUGAUUGGGGGGUUUUUGUUAGCUCGUACAAGAUCCACAAAAUUCACCUGAAACAAUCACGUCCACUUCUCUGAAUUUUUUUUUUUUUUUCAUUUUUAAUUUGUUCUGAUCGGUAGGUAGGUAGAACAGGAAGAAAGAUAAACCCAGAAAGAGUGAGAAAAUUAGAGAGAAAACAGAAGAAAAGUUGAAGAAGGAACAGGAAUCAAUGGAGUCUGAUCUCCAUCACCCUCAACAACAAAUGGGCUCCUCCUCCGGCUUGAUGCGUUAUCGGUCGGCUCCGAGCUCGUAUUUCACGAACAUACUCGACAGAGAGUUCUGUCAACAGUUCUUUAAUCGGCCAUCGAGCCCUGAAACGGAGCGAAUUUUUGCUCGGUUUAUGAACAGUGAUGACGGCGGAGCUGGUGACGACGGAGGCGGAAGUCUUGGUGGUUUAGCCGAAACGACACCUCAGAAGUUGUCGUCUGAGACAGCCCAAUUCGUAACUUCAACGGCGAUGAGUAACGAGCCAGCUGGUGGCGUCGCAGGGGCGGUUCUCCCGCCACAACCGCCGCAACAACCGACAAAUUUGAGUAGCUAUUCCUCUGCUUCGCCGAGCUUUUACCAGAGUCAGUCAAAGCCACCUUUACCUAUUCAGAACUUGGCUUCGAGUAACGAAGCUUCUGCUUAUGUGAAUCAUUUCCCGGCGAUGAGAACCGGCGGUGUCAAUAACUCCAACCUUAUCAGACACAGCAGCUCUCCUGCUGGACUUUUUGCCAGUAUUGAUAUCGAAAGCUUGGCUGCAAUGAGAGGCAUGGGGAGUUACGGAGCCACUACCAGUACUAACGAAGAUGCAACUUUUUCUUCGUCAAACAAGUUAAAGAAUUUCUCAUCUGGGGCUGGUCUAAUGAGUCAUCACUUAGAUGAACUCAUCGAUGACAAAACCUUGGUGGCAGCCAUUCAAGACCCCAGCACUGAAGCUUUUGGUGAAGGUCAUAGCAAUAGUAAUUUCGUCUCAAAUUUUCCAAUGGGUUCUUGGGAUGACACUGCUAUUAUAUCUGAUAACAUCACUGGUUUGAAACGGCUCAGAGAAGAAGAUGAGAAACCAUUUUCCGGGUUGAACAGUAAUGCAUCAGAAACUCAGAGCAUGGAGACUGGAACUAGACCUCCCACCAUGCUAGCCCAUCACUUGAGUCUGCCCAAAACAUCAUCAGAAAUGGCAGCCAUUGAAAAGUUCUUACAGUUUCAAGAUUCUGUUCCAUGUAAGAUUCGAGCUAAGCGAGGCUGCGCCACUCACCCUAGAAGCAUAGCUGAGAGGGUAAGAAGAACCAAAAUCAGUGAAAGAAUGAGAAAACUACAAGAGCUUGUACCCAACAUGGAAAAGCAAACAAACACAGCCGACAUGUUAGAUCUGGCAGUUGAGUACAUUAAAGAUCUACAGAGCCAAGUACAGACACUUUCUGAUGAUCGUGCCAAGUGUACGUGUUCAAACAAGCACCAGCAAUAACACAAAAGCUCUGGAAGUGACUUUGGUUGUGUGUUGUUAUGUACAGAGAGAGAAUCAUGGAAGUUUGGGUAAAAGAGCUCUGAGAUUGUCUUUUGAAAAAGAAGAAAACAAAAUGAUGAUAAUAAUGAGCUAGCUCUUUAUUUAUUAUUAUUAUUAUUAUUAUUAUUAGAUUUGAAGUGGGUUUGAGUUUGAGAGGCUGAAAAUGAAAAAGAAAAGGUACUGUGUAGAAUCUGACCAGACCCCAAAUAUUUUAAUGACUCAAAAUAGAAAUUGAAGGUGUAUAGUAAUAGUAUAUAUAUAUAUAUAUUAUUUUUUACAUAUUAUAUUGUGGUUGUAGCCAAUAACACCAUGUAACAUGUGCUGUUUUCAGUUCUGUAACUCAGCCUAGUUGAAUAGCAUUUAUUUUUCUAUCAUUGCCACUAAACUAAAGCCUUCAUUUUUUUUACUUAUUUAGUUUCAUGGUAUGCAUGUUGCACAGUGAAAAUAAAAUAAAAAAGCUUUCUUUUUUA